AUGCUGAUCACUGCGCGCACCUAUUCCGCCUCUCAAUCCCCAGACCGAACACUCUCCUCUAAAGGCUCCCGAUACCACACCCUUUCCGGGUGGCGCAAAUGCCCCGACGCCAAACGAGCAAUAGAGAUGUUGAUGAUCCACCAAGUUGGCAGUGUGCGAGUAGGGGAAGUCGUCAGAUAUACGAUUACAUACACGCCCGCAGCUGAUCCAAUCCUCCCCAUCCCCUCCGAGCUCUACGUGCGGGUGAAGAACACCUCCGCUCUCCCAUUGCGCGCCGCAUACCUCCACGGUCCCUACACGCUCUACGCCGCCUGCUACCCGGCGAAAUUUGACCCGAAUAUCAAGUACGAACGACAAGAUCUAGAAGGCGCCCCGCAGUAUGAGCCGUAUCUCAAGGCUGGGGGUGGUUGGGACGCCGUCAUCAAAGUCCCGUCUUAUGUCCAGAACGCGCAGAACUUCGGGGCAUCCGGGAAUCAAGGGUCGAGUGGAGACCAGAGCGUUACCUGGAUUGUUGAGAUACAGUCGCAGGUGAUAUUCUCGAGUAGUGCGGCGGUUCAUUUCGAGUUGUUGGUAGGUCGCGAUGAGAAAUCGCUGGAGUACUUCUCUGGUGGGAGUUGGAGUAAUGGCCAUGGUCCUCCUGGGAAAUUGCUAGACCAUUGGUCGCCUGAUGCUAGGGGGAAACAGGCUCUUGCUGCUAAGGGUGUGUAUUCGAAGUCGAUUGCUUUGCAAGUCGACGAUACGAAUAGUUUGUGGAAUAGUCCGCCAUUUCCAACUGCUGAGGAUUCUCAGAAUGAGGAUGGAACUCAUGACUUGAGAACUCCCACGGAGGAGCACCCGGAUCCGCAGAGCAGACCCGAAGCACCUGCAGAUGCCAAGAAGAACAGGAAGAAGAAGGUACAUCUUGUGCUUCUGACGCACGGGUUACACAGCAAUCUGGGUACGGACAUGCUCUAUAUGAAAGAGAGCAUUGACGCAGCUACGAAGACGCCCAGAAGGAGAGAAAGCCACGCAAAACCUGCUGAUGGGAGCCGAGUUGAUACCGACGAAGGAGACGAAGAACAAGUUAUUGUCCGAGGAUUCUCUGGCAACGCUGUUCGCACUGAACGUGGAAUUCAAUAUCUUGGGAAACGUCUGGCCAAAUACGUCUUGCUCCUGACAUAUCCAGAUCAACCCUACUUCCCCCUCAAAGGCUCCAAGCCAAGCCCACUCAUUCGGCCUUUUACUGCUCGCAAACAGCAUACUCAUGCGUCUCACCCUCACCAUGUGGCAACUGAGAACAGCGGCAACACCAUCGGAGGUGAAGAUCACCCUUACCAGAUUACAAGUAUCAGUUUUAUCGGACAUUCCCUGGGAGGACUGAUUCAGACGUAUGCGAUUGCCUACAUUCAAAAGCACUCCCCCGAGUUCUUUGAUAAGAUCCAGCCGGUCAACUUCAUCGCUCUCGCAAGUCCUUUCCUCGGCCUCAGCAAUGAAAACCCAAUGUAUGUCCGCUUUGCCCUAGAUUUGGGUCUUGUUGGUCGUACUGGACAAGAUCUCGGAUUGAGCUGGACAGCACCGAAAGUACGAAGUGGCUGGGGGGCCAUCAUUGCCGGAAGAGGAGAUUCGGCAAAAGACCAAGCCCAACCGGAUCCUGGUUCCAAGCCGCUUCUGCGGAUUCUACCAUGUGGUCCUGCGCAUGAGGUUCUCAGCAAGUUUCAGCAUCGUACUGUGUAUUCGAACGUGGUGAACGAUGGAAUUGUUCCUCUACGCACUUCUUGUCUGCUCUUCCUAGACUGGAAAGGUCUGGACCGGGUUGAGAAGGCGAGGAGGGACAAUGGACUUGUCGGAACUAUGGCUGAAUGGGGCUGGGCAGAGUUGACUGGAGCACAUUCGAAGUCUCCACGGUUGGGUCGCUCCGGUGAUGAAUCACCUCUGACUGAAUUAGCCGAGACUGGUCAGCAUUCACAUCCCACCAUUCAAGUUCCGCAAAGACAGAAAGGCGAUGAGGUGGACGAGGCUGUCGCUCCGAGACCCGGCCAGUUCCUUGCGCCACCUAGUAAUCGUUCGUCUCACAUGAGUAUUCCAGAAGAGGAAUCCGUGAAAGAGGAUAUCUCAGGAAAUGCUUCUCCUGGUCCUCUGGACACAUUUUUCUCACUAUUCCGCCCCAAGGAGAACAAGACUCCCCAUAGUGGCAAGAAUUCCCGAAUCUACAGACGCAGCCAGACUCUAGGCUCUUUUGAGGCUGGUGAUGGCCCAGCGCCUGUUACCCACGGCCAUUCCACAUACGAGAACGACGGCGUCCACACGCCUCCGAAAACAACCUUCUUCGAGUCUGCAGGAGACUUACUGAUGCCACCACUUCCACCACCAGAGUUCAUCUUGGACCCUGCCUCAAGACCCAGAACCAUCUUCCACGACCGCAUAUACCAUCCGGAAGAUAUACCCCCUCCCAUGCCGGUCAAGCGGCGCACAUUGGCUUUCGGUUCACUACAGAACAAACAAUCAAAGUCAGCACCCAAUCCGGCGGCGACGCAAUUACCCCCAGGCUCUAGCUCCAGUGCAAACAGCGCCGAGAGCGGCCUCAAGGUCGAGGAGAAAAUCGCAAGAGCCUACCACCGCGAUCUAUCCUGGCGCAAGGUCCUAGUCCGACUCGAGCCGGAUGCUCAUAAUAACAUUAUCGUGCGACGCAUGUUCACCAACGCCCACGGCUGGCCUGUCGUGAAACACUUAGUUGAUACGCACUUCGCCCACAUGCCCGUUAUCGAUAUUCAAGAUUCACAAAAGCGGAGCGUGGACCGAGCAAUGUCUCCCAAUGUCGGGCCGACCAGCUCAGGAGAUGAGGUCGAAGACCAGACCAAGACGCCUGAAUUGGAGACCGAUAAGGAUACAGAUGAUUUGCCUGAUGUCUCUGGUUUGAAUGUGUCUGAUCCGUUGCGGAACCAUGGUCAUCGGAGUGAUGCAUUCUCGGGUGAGAAUGAAUCCCAACGGACUAUGAGCCCGACUGAACAGGGAAACAGCGUAUCGAGGCAGGAUUCGGCUCGAUGGACUGAUCGAGAAGUUGACGAAGAUGAUUGCGAGUCUGGUUUUGAAGAGGAAGUUAACUCUGGUUUCCGAUGGUCUAGACAGAUGUAG